AUGGCCAGGAGACUCGACAUCAACGUCGCUGCAGCCAAGGUGGGAGCAACUCAUCGCGUCGGCGUCCUUCGGGUGUUGUUGGGAUGCAAACCCUUCUGGACGGGAAUGACCGUGACUUUGAGCUUCGCUCUGGUACUGAUCGGGUUAUUGGUUUUCGGGCUCGCGGUGGAUACUCAACUGUUGCCUUCCACACCCAAAGUUACUAUCCAUAUUGUCGAGGAAGAAGUUUGCUCUCCGAGAAUUUACAACGCAAGCGACAUCGAGUAUCACUCCGGACAUCGGUACUAUGCUACACUGAAAGACAUGACUCCCUCACCGCCAACAUUCCGCAAGACCCACACAGCGUUGUGCAACGAGGACGCCCGAUUCCAAGCGGGAUUUAACUACUGCUUACCAAUCUCUGGACGGAAAGACACACCGUUUUGCGUCGCUGCGGACCGUAGCGACUUGCUGCAUGUUCGUUCGCCCAAGUCAAUCUGUUACGCUAGUGUGUUGCACUUGUUGCUGGUCGAGGUGUAUGAAGAACUGCUAGCGACGGGAAACACCCCUCUGAUCGUCUUCGGCUCCUUAUUAGGGGCGGUACGCAAUGGCUCGAUGAUCCCGUUCACGGAAGACACUGAUAUCGGGUUUGUGGGGCAGCUUAACGCUCAAGAAGCGGUGAAAGAAGAGCUCCGGCGUAAGGGCUAUCACAUGUUCUUUAAGGGGGUUUGGCGCGUGUGCGUGGCGCCAACGCACCCUCUAGCAAGCCAGUUAUACAACCCCGAUUUGCCGCUUACCAGGUAUAUGGGAGUGCCAUACGUGGAUUUGUAUCGGAUGCAGAACCUUCAUAAUGGCAAUUGGGACGUCGAGGAGCUCAAAAGUGUCAAUGGCCAACUCUUACCGCAAGACAAGGUAGAACCGUUUUCACAGGUGACGAUCAACGGGAUGCCGUUCGACACAGUCAAUGACCCAAAGUUCUUCUUAACACGGGCGUACGGCCCGAGGUACAUGACCCCAAGGCAGCGAAGAUCUGUCUCGAUGAAAAAUGUAUCCCCAGCAACAAAAGCAAUGCUGAAGCAUGUGGAUAAAGAUAAGUUGAAGUCGACACUGGAGAAGAUGACAAAAGGAUCAUGAUAAACCAAAUAGUCUUUUGCAAUUAUUGUAUCAACGUAAAUUGAACUGGUCGA